CCACCUGCGGCGGCGGCUGCGAUGCCCACCAUGCGGAGGACCGUGUCGGAGAUCCGGUCCCGCGCCGAGGGUUAUGAGAAGACUGAUGAUGUUUCGGAGAAGACGUCACUGGCUGACCAGGAGGAAAUAAGGACUAUAUUCAUCAACCAGCCCCAGCUGACAAAAUUCUGCAAUAACCAUGUCAGCACUGCAAAAUACAACAUAAUCACAUUCCUUCCAAGAUUUCUCUACUCUCAGUUCAGAAGAGCCGCUAAUUCAUUUUUCCUCUUUAUUGCACUGCUCCAGCAAAUACCUGAUGUAUCACCAACAGGUCGCUAUACAACACUGGUUCCUCUCUUAUUUAUUUUGGCUGUGGCAGCUAUCAAAGAGAUAAUAGAAGAUAUUAAACGACAUAAAGCUGAUAAUGCGGUGAACAGGAAACAGACUCAAGUUUUGAGAAAUGGUGCUUGGGAAAUUGUGCACUGGGAAAAGGUGGCAGUAGGGGAAAUAGUGAAAGUGACAAAUGGGGAGCAUCUCCCAGCAGAUCUCAUCAGCCUGUCCUCCAGUGAGCCACAGGCCAUGUGCUACAUUGAAACAUCCAACUUAGAUGGUGAAACAAACCUGAAAAUUAGACAGGGCUUACCAGCAACAUCAGAUAUAAAAGACAUUGACAGUUUGAUGAGACUCUCUGGCAGAAUUGAGUGUGAAAGUCCAAACAGACAUCUCUAUGAUUUUGUUGGGAACAUAAGGCUUGAUGGACACAGCACUGUCCCCCUGGGAGCAGACCAGAUUCUUCUUCGAGGUGCUCAGCUGAGAAAUACACAGUGGGUUCAUGGAAUAGUUGUCUACACUGGACAUGACACCAAGCUAAUGCAGAAUUCGACAAGUCCGCCGCUUAAACUCUCAAAUGUCGAAAGGAUUACAAAUGUGCAGAUUUUGAUUUUAUUUUGUAUUUUGAUUGCCAUGUCUCUUGUCUGUUCUGUGGGCUCGGCCAUUUGGAAUCGAAGGCAUUCUGGAAGGGACUGGUAUCUCAAUCUAAACUAUGGUGGUGCUAAUAAUUUUGGACUGAAUUUCUUGACCUUCAUCAUCCUUUUCAAUAACCUCAUUCCUAUCAGCUUGCUGGUGACAUUAGAAGUGGUGAAAUUUACCCAGGCAUACUUCAUAAAUUGGGAUCUUGACAUGCACUAUGAACCCACCGACACUGCCGCUAUGGCUCGGACCUCUAACCUGAACGAGGAGCUUGGCCAGGUAAAAUAUAUAUUUUCUGACAAAACUGGUACUUUGACGUGCAAUGUCAUGCAGUUUAAGAAGUGCACCAUAGCCGGAGUGGCUUACGGCCAUGUCCCUGAGCCCGAGGAUUAUGGCUGCUCUCCCGAUGAAUGGCAGAGCUCACAGUUUGGAGAUGAAAAAACAUUCAGUGAUUCAUCAUUGCUGGAAAACCUCCAAAAUAAUCAUCCCACUGCACCAAUAAUAUGUGAAUUUCUCACAAUGAUGGCGGUAUGUCACACAGCAGUACCAGAGCGGGAAGGUGAUAAGAUUAUUUACCAGGCAGCAUCUCCAG